AUGGCUCUUUCUCGUGCUCUCAUCCUUGUUGUCCUCGCUGCCACCUUCUUCUCAGCCACCCCCGCCGCCAAAGAAUUCGUCGUCGGUGACGACCAUGGCUGGACAAUCCAGUUCGAUUACCAAGCCUGGGCUUCCGACAAGGUCUUCCACGUCGGAGACAAACUCAUAUUCAGGUAUCCUACUGGGAAGCACAAUGUGUUCAAAGUGAAUGGAACAGACUUCAGGAACUGCAAAGUUCCUGCAGCAGCUCAGGGAUUAACCACCGGAGAGGAUGUGAUUGUGUUGGAAACUCCGGGCAGGAAAUGGUAUUUGUGUGGAGUUGCAGAUCACUGCCAGAAUGGGCAAAAGCUCUUCAUUAAUGUGUUGCCUUCUGAAGCACUAGCUCCAUCUCCAUCACUGUUAUCAUCUGUGUUGCCCAUAACAGCGUCUCCGUCUCCGUCUCCGUCCCCAUCUCCAUCUCCAGCUCCGUCGUCGUCUUCGCCUUUACGUGCUAAAUAUCCACGGCUGUCCAGGAAGCUAAUUGCAGUGUCCCAAUACUAA